UUAUAGAUCAAAAUACAGUUGAAGAAGGCGAAGUAGAGAGAAACAGCAGCAAAUAUUAAUGGCGACGGCAGCAUAUCCACCACCGCCACCGUAUUACAGACUAUACAAAGAUUACAUAGAAAACCCUAAAUCAGCUCCGGAGCCUCCUCCUCCGAUUCAAGGUACCUACAACUGUUUUGGUGCCAAUUACGCUACCGAAUACGUGCUCCCUAGCUUGGAAGAGCAAGGAGUUCGUCAACUCUACUCUAAAAGCCCCAAUGUCGAUUUCAAGAAGGAACUGAGGUCACUUAAUAGAGAAUUGCAACUGCACAUUUUGGAGCUGUCAGAUGUACUUGUUGAGAGACCAUCACAAUAUGCUAGGAGAGUUGAAGAUAUAUCCCUCAUUUUUAAGAACUUGCAUCAUCUUCUUAAUUCAUUACGCCCUCAUCAGGCUAGAGCCACAUUGAUUCAUAUUCUAGAGCUUCAAAUCCAACGCCGUAAACAAGCGAUUGAGGAUAUUAAGAGGAGGAGGGAAGAAGCACAAAAACUUCUGAAGGAGGCUCUCGGUACUCUAGAUGGACAGUAGUGCAUGAUAUUUCUAGGCCCGGAAAAGGCUUUUUGCUAGUUCGUUGCUGUAGUUUGGAUACCAUCGGCAUUCGAGAAUAGAUUACCGUACCAGGUGACAUGUCCAGAGGGUUCAUAUACUUGUAUACUGUCAGUUCAUUACUGCUGUGUAACUUUUUUGUGAUAUGGAAUUUCACUUCUGAUAGAUCUUAUCUUAAGAAAAUUCUUCUUUACAGGGCAUUCCUUAUUUAGAAUUCCUUGUGCCACUUUUUGUUA